AUGAGAAAUCGUCUCAACAUCGUGCGAUGGCCUCUGCGUGUCUGCAAACGAAGACUGGCGUCACAACGAAAUGUGGCUUCCGAUGGCGAAAUUGGUAAAAUAUCACAUGUCCAAACCUGCCCGGUCAAAGGUCACAGAUCAAGAUCAACACAGGCUGUAACGCCCCUUGAAUCAAUUACAUCAGUAAAACCCUGGGAAGAUGUUCCAGGGCCUAAACCACUACCUCUUUUAGGAAACACUUGGAGAUUCAUACCGUAUAUUGGUGGAUAUUCAGUAGAGCAUGUCGACAAAGUGUGUCUAUCUUUGCGCCAGCAAUAUGGAGAUUGCGUCAAAAUGGCAGGUCUACUCGGUAGACCGGAUAUGUUGUUCGUUUUUGAUGCGAGCGAAGUUGAACGAGUAUUUAGAGGGGAAGAUUCGGCGCCUCACAGACCAUCAAUGCCCUCGUUGAAUUAUUACAAACAUACCUUAAGAAAAGAUUUUUUUGGUGCCGAAAAGGAUUGCGCCGGUGUUAUUGCAGUUCAUGGAGAUUCCUGGUCAGCUUUUAGGACUAAAGUAUCCCGUGUCGCUCUCAGUGCUGGCGCCGCAGCUCAAUACACCGAACAAGUUGGAGAAGUAGCUGAUGCUUUUGUUAACAGGGUACGACAAAUAAGAAAUGAAAGGAAAGAAACACCGGACGACUUUCUAAAUGAAGUUCAUAAAUGGUCAUUAGAAUCGUUAGGACUUAUUGCGUUGGACACGAGGUUAGGCUGUUUGGAGCAACACGAAGGUUCGGAGACUCAGCAGCUUAUAGAUGCUGUAAAUACUUUCUUCUUGUGUGUUGGAGAGCUGGAACUUAGGGCACCUUGGUGGAGAGUUUACCCCACGGCCAUGUUCAAGAGAUAUGUGGCGGCUUUAGAUACUAUACUUAGUGUAACUCAGUCUCAUGUGAACCGUGCAUUAAAGGAAUGUCAAGCUAACCCAAACGGCAGUAAAUCUCUUCUUCAAGACCUGGUAUCAGCAGCCGGACCUCGUGUUGCAGCAGUAGCAGCACUUGAUAUGUUCCUUGUGGGCAUUGACACGACGUCGAAUGCUGUAGCCUCAACUUUAUAUCAACUCUCUCUAAGGCCUGAUGUCCAAGAAAAGUUGCAUAAAGAAAUUUCAGGUGUAUUAAAAGGACGCCCUAUAAAACCUGGGGAUGUUAAUCAAAUGCCAUAUCUAAAGGCGUGCAUCAAAGAGGUUUUGAGAAUGUAUCCAGUUGUUAUUGGUAAUGGCCGGCAAUUGAGUAAAGACACAGUUAUAUGUGGCUAUAAUAUUCCGAAAGGGACACAAGUAAUAUUCCAACACUACGUAAUGGGAAACAGCGAUGACUAUUUCACAAACGCUUCUCAAUUUUGCCCUGAAAGGUGGUUACAGCGUUCAAUAUAUAAACACCAUCCGUUCGCCUCUUUGCCGUUUGGGUUCGGCAAAAGGAUGUGUCUCGGUAGGAGAUUCGCUGAACUUGAAAUCAAUAUCAUCAUUUGUAAAAUGGUUCAAGCCUUCCAAAUGGAAUACCACCACGAACCUCUUGAGUACCACGUACAUCCCAUGUAUACUCCCAAUGGACCUAUACGUUUAAAACUUAUUGACCGUUAA